UUUCGGCACACUUUUCGGAGAAAAAUCUUGUUUUCUUUCAAAAAAGUUGCUAAAUUAUUUAAAAAAUCAUGUACAAACGCAAACAUGAUGGGAGCUCGGUCGAUCCAACAGACAAACAAUUCAAAUCUGAGUUUGGAAAGGGACACACUUUGGAUUCUGAUGAAGAAGACGGCGAUGUCGAAGAGGAACAACAAAAUCGCUUGAACGAGAACGACAUUGAAGGCGAAGAAGAUGGCGAUGCACGUGUUGAUUCCGACGACGAAGUGAAAAUUACUCCAUUUAACAUGAAAGAAGAACUCCAGGAAGGGCAUUUUGAUGGCGACGGGCAUUACCAAUGGAAUAAAGAGAAGGAUAUCACCGAUAACUGGCUCGAUAACAUCGAUUGGGUGAAAAUUAAAAAAGAUUCCAACUACAAACAAAAGUACAAUGCCGCUGGAUUGCCGGAUUCCGAAGCGGAAAGCUCCACAGACGAGGAAGAAGAGGCAAAAGCACAAGCAUUUAGUCUCGUUGACACCUACAAAAGCAUCCAUCAGUUGAUGAAGCCGCGCGAAACGGUCAAAAAAACGCUCCAACGCUUGGGCGGCAACAAAAAACUCACGACAGCGCAACGUUGGAAACUCAAAAAACAAGGAAUUGUCGAUGAAAAUGCCGAAACUGUCACAAAAAUGACGGGUUUUUGCGAUGAAAUCCUCACGCGAACGGGAAACAUGAACGUGUACGAAGAAACUUUCGAGACAAUCGCACAAAAAAUUAAGGAUUUGGAACUUAAACAAGCACGAAGUAAUCCAAAUAUCGUAAAAGAGGACGAGUUGGAUAUGUAUGCCGAUGACUUUGACACGAAAGAACAGCAAAAAAUUGGAGUUUCAGAUCAACCAGGUCCAAGUCAGCCUUCGACAUCGACGAAAAAUGAUGAAAACGAGUCGAAACCGGAUUCGGAUGUGCAAAUGUGGGAGUACAAAGUGACGCUGGAUGACGAAAAAAUCCAUGGACCUUUCACGUCGGAGCAGAUGCAAAAGUUUGUGGAAGGCGGAAAGUUUAAGGAACCAGUUUUUGUGAGGAAAAUCGAAGAGGGCAGCGAUAAAAAGCAGUUUUAUACGUCAGCGAGAAUCGAUUUUGAGCUUUACAUCUAAAAUUUUUGCGGUUUCAAGCAUUUUUUGUCGUUCCAUGUCCUGAAAGUAGGAAAUUUUCCCGAGAUUUUAA